UUUGUGCUUUCCCCAUCAUUCAAAUUUGAUUUUAGCAACUUUCUCAUUUGGGGUUUAACAAUAUUGGGUUUUAUUUUGAUCCAACAAAUUAUUCUUUUGUUCCUCCCGUCUCUCUCUCUCCGGUCUCUUUUUUUUUUUGAUAAACUCUCCGAUCUCUUCUUUGUGAUAAAGAAGAACGAGGGUUUUUUUUUGUGGAUUUUCGAUUUAUUUUUUAUGGCCUUAUUUCCGUUGUUGAGUUAUUUAUCAUAUUGAUCUUUGGCUCAAGGGGAAGCUUAUCAUUGCCGGUGCCGCUUCCGGCGUUUCGACUUCAGCGGCAAGGCAUUGGGUACCGCAAGGCUUUUUAUUAUUGAAUUGACUUGCAAUUCUUCACUGCAGAAGUAAAAGCAGAAAUUCUAAUCACACCUUUGGAACCUUAAUGUCGUUAAAAAAUAAUUUCAGUUAUGGAAUUGGAGCAUGGUUACCUUACCAGUACGCAUUUGGGAACACACCCAGAGAUUACUAAUGGAAGCGGAAUAACUAAGCAUUCAGAAACACGUCCAGAGGUUCUUGAAGGAUGCGGAAGAAGUGAACACUUCGAAAUAAAUCCAUUUCUUAUUGAUGAGAGCCAAAGCAUUACGGCUACUGAAAUGCAUUCAAUUGAAAUAGACUUGACUGGGAGCAGUAGGCAUUCAGAGACGCAGGCGAACGUUAUAGAUGGGAGUGAUAGCUGUCAAGAGGAUUCUAAUAAUGAAAGCGAUCGACAUGCCCCAGCCAAAAGGUUAGGGCCUUCUUAUUCUGCAUCUUCAUCUUCGUCACAUUCGUCAUUGGAAUUUCUCUUCCAAGGAGAUCCAGUUGUAGCCUCCAAAUCUGGACAAUCCACUCCUUCCUUCCCUUCACCUGACAAAGAUACCCAACUGGCAUUCCAAGAUGAAAGUGAAGUUUCCAGCAACAUCUUUUCCAAAUCAGAUGAACGUGACAAUGGCGGUCCAGAUCCCUUAUCGACAUCUCAAGUUCAUGAGAUAAACCAUGAAUCAAUGGUGCAUGGUACGUCACCAACACAAUCCCCUCAGGUACAAGUGAUGAAUCGGUCAGGAGGAUACGAUCCUUUCAGAAUUCCGUCUUCUGUGUUUGCAAGAAGUAAGUCCACAACGCCAAUGGAAUGGAGCGUUGCUUCCAAUGAAUCAUUGUUUAGCCUUCAUAUAGGGAACGCUAGUUUCUCCAAAGACCAUGUGUUUCUGUUUGGUGAUCUUAAGCCUGAAGAACUGGUAAAAUCGGGUGAGUUGUUUGCGCUCAGCCCAACCUCUCCACUUCCAGUACUGGGAACUGACAAAAAGAAUAUCAAGAUAGCUCACGAUAUUGAAGCUACAGCAGUGGCUGAUGAGAUCGUUAAGGCUUCAGAACGAGUUAGUGUGGAAGCUCAAAGUGAGGAAAAGGUGUCACCUCCAGCAGUUUCCUGGAAUUCCUCUACUCUCUCCCACCGUUCAGAUGCUAGUGAAGCCUCAUUCGCUUUUCCCAUAAAGAAGAGAUGUGCAUGGACAUUGUGCUACUGUUCUAAUUGUAGCUGGGCGUUCCACUACUGUACAUGGCCAAGCUGCUACUGUUCAAAUUGUAGCUGGGCGUUCUGCUACUGUUGGAACUGUAGCCGAAAAAGAUUUUGUUGUCAUUCUUCUACCAUUUUGGCUGAAGGGGAAAGGAGUGGUCGUCUCGAGACAGAUGGAGGGAAGCGGCAUCAAGAGCCACCAGCCCCCAAAGUGACUUCAAACUCAACAUCCAAAUGUUGUUUUCCUUGCCUUUGUUGGCGCCCAUGGUGCUUUCGAACUCAUUGUUGUUGAGCAAAAAUUUGUAAGAAAACAAUCCAGGCCUUCCCUUUGCACAUGGGGCAGUCAAGUGGGCAGCUCAUGUCAUCUACAGAGGUAGGGCACCCCCAUCAGAUCCCUUGCUCUAUCCGGAAGUCUCGGGCAGUCCGCAUUUUGGUGUGGAAGCCACAAUAUCUCUGCUAAAUCUACCAAUAUAUACUCAAAUAUAACAGAGAAAAUUCCUUUGAAGACUGUCGUCUUCCCUUGGCCGCUGCUGCAUCAGAAAGUCGAAUGUGCCAUCUGAAUAGGAAGGGUCACCCCAUCACUAGAAAUACAUAACUUCAUCUGUUGCCUCUUCUGAAGGGAGUCUGGUUUGCAUUUUUAGGGGAUUUUUUUUUUUUUUUAACCUUACAUUAGCAACUUUGAAGACAAGCUAGUACUGUAUGUAUGGCUAAGGGGUAUUGAGGUUUAUGGAAGAUAAACUCCUUUGAGGGCGUUUUGGAAAUGAAUAAUAGUAAUCAUAACAAUUAUUUAUAGAGAGAGGUGAAUUUGAACAAGCA